UUGGAGACUUCCGGCUUAAACAACUUGUGGUAGGUUAAAAUAGGGUACACUACUAUUAUGAAUAGGAUGUUAAUAAUUGUUCAUAUUUCUCGUUAGAUAGGCGCUUAUGUGAAUUAAUACGCUAAAAUAUAACUUAACGUUUUCUAAAAGUGUUUGCGGACUACUGCAUUUGAUCUUGGAUAAGUGUUGUUUUGAGAGGGCGUUGAUAUGACUUGCUGAGUUCGUUUAGCUCUGAGUAAAUUUCUGUAAAAUGGCGGCCAUGUCAUGAAGAUACCAGUUCAGUGCGGUGGGCCUACAAUGGAAGAUAGUUCUCCAUCACAAAAUCACAACGGACAGAUAGGAUCUUCCAGUGGUGGAAUAAAUGUUGGAAACAAACAAAACGACGAUGGAAAUCAACAAAUACAAUAUUCCAUCCCGGGAAUCCUACACUUCAUUCAACACGAAUGGGCUAGGUUCGAGAUGGAACGAUCGCAAUGGGAUGUCGAUAAAGCAGAAUUACAGGCUCGGAUAGCAUUCCUCCAGGGCGAGCGGAAAGGACAGGAGAAUUUGAAAAAUGAUCUGGUCAGGCGGAUAAAGAUGCUGGAAUAUGCUCUCAAAGAGGAAAGAGCCAAAUACCACAAGCUGAAGUUUGGCACAGAGCUGUCACAGGGUGACAUGAGCAAGCCACCAAUGCCGCAGCUGGACGAGAGUGGGCUGGGAGGUGGCGAGCGGGGGGGCCUCGAGUGUGGCAUGGACAGUGAGGCCCCCUUCACAUCGGUCAGCAACAUCAGCUGGCGGCAGGGUCGCCAACUACUCAGGCAAUACUUGCAAGAGAUCGGCUACACGGACACGAUCAUAGACGUGCGCUCGAACCGGGUGCGCUCGCUGCUCGGCCUCAACAACAACGAGGAGAGUGUUGGCGGCGGUGGCCAAGGGGGCGGUGGUAUGGGGGGUCAGGGGGGCGGUGGCCAGCAGGGGGGUGGUAGGGGCGGCGGGGGGCAGGGGGCCGGUGUCAAUGGCAACAUGCAGCGGGGGCGGGAUCAGAACGACCGCUCCUCACAGCAUCAGUCCUACAAUAAAUCGUCGUCACAACCGUCGUCGCUAACGGAGCAGAUGAUGCUGGACACGGAGGCGGCAGUGAUGGCCAACUUUGAGUUCCUGGCGCAGGCCGAAGUGGACCUGGACGAUGACGACGAUGAUGAUGACGACAUGGACCAGGUGGAGGGGGGAGGCGGAGGAGGGGGCGCCCAAGACGACCAAGAGGAGGUAGUGCGAGCCAAGCGAAAGGCCAAGAGUUUACUGGUGAAUGAGACUGAUGAUGUGGACGCAGAGGCCGAGGAAGUUCUCAACGAGCUCAAUCUGCUGACCGAAACUGUAGAUGGAAAUGAGAUUCGAUCGCAGGUGGAUCCUGAUUGGGAUUCGAGUGCAUCGGGUAGGAGAGCGCUGGGCGAGGAAGGCUCGUUGGGCCUCGGCGAGUUGGCGCAACUCACGGUCAACAAUGAAGCCGAGGCAGCCUACACUACCUACGAUAUGAAGAAAGAGUCGUAUAGGAAAACGUGGAACGCGAAGUACACACUACGCAGCCAUUUUGACGGAGUUCGGGCGUUGGCCUUCCACCCGCGGGAGCCCGUGCUCAUCACCGCCAGCGAGGACCACACGCUCAAACUGUGGAACCUACAAAAAACUGUACCUGCUAAAAAAUCAGCGUCGCUGGACGUGGAGCCGCUGUACACGUUCCGCUGUCACAAGGGCAGCGUGCUGUGCGUGGCGAUGGCCGACUCAGGCAAGGAGUGUUACAGUGGUGGCCUGGACGGAGCCAUCCACUGCUGGCAGCUGCCCACCCAACACAUUGACCCCUACGACUCGUUCGACCCCAAUGUGCGCACGGCGACGCUGCUCGGCCACACGGAUGCGGUGUGCGGCCUCAGUGUGGCUGCCACUGCCUCGUCGCAGCACCUGCUCUCCUGUGCCGCCGACGGCACUGUCAAGCUGUGGGCGCCCGACGCAAAGGCCAGUGCGCUGGCCACCUACGUGUCCGAGCAAGACGGCAUCCCGACGUCGGUAGACUUUGUGAAGAACGAGCCUGACCGGGUGUUGGCUGCGUACAACUCGGCGCAUUGCGUUAUAUUCGAUCUCGAGACCAGCAAGCCACUGCUCAGGCUCGAGUCUGCACAGGAGGUGGUGAACAGCGUGCUGGGUCGGCAAAUCAACCGGGCCGUGUGCCACCCGACGCUGCCGCUGACAAUGACGGCCCACGACGACCGACACAUCCGCUUCUUCGACAACUGCACCGGCAAAAUGGUGCACUCGAUGGUGGCCCACCUUGACGCAGUCACCAGCAUCGCCGUCGAUCCCAACGGCCUCUAUCUGCUGUCCGGAAGUCAUGACUGCAGCAUUCGGUUAUGGAACCUGGACAACAAGACGUGUGUGCAGGAGAUCACCGCCCACCGCAAGAAGUUCGACGAGUCGAUAUUAGACGUGGCCUUCCACCCGUCAAGGCCCUACAUCGCCAGCGCAGGCGCUGACGGCCUCGCCAAGGUCUUUGUCUAGGUGUUGGACAACGUUGUGGGUGAAACCACUGGCUACAAAAAUGACGAUGAACUGAACUGAUGAAAUGAUAUAAGCGAAAAAUUAUGAAUGCAUGUGUAAAUAUAGAACUACGAACUACAUCACAGUGAUUGUGUUAAGGAGGGAAAGAAGGACGGAACGAGAAAAAGAAAAGAACUAAAGUGGCAAAAAUCAGCGAGCUGGUUCUCGUUGAUGAGCUCUGCGCAUGCGCGACCAAAAACUAACCUCAAAUAUUCGAAACACAAUUUGAAAUUUGAAUUUUCCCGCCCUUUGGUUCCCGAGUGACGUCGUCAUCAAACUGAACUAACUAAUAAUCGAUCGCUUUCUAAUUAAAUUCGCGAUGUGUAAAAUUUAUAUCGAAAUGGCGCGCGAAGUAAAAUAAUAAUAACUUCUCACAACUCCAAAAUUCUACAGCCAACCAUCUAACCUCGAAGCUAUUGCGAGUUUCAUGAUGAAGUGAGUCGAUGUGGUGGUAAUCAAUUGUGAAACUUGUGUGCUUCCUCCUCUCAACUAAUCAUCCUAAAAAUAGUCGAAGCAAGGAAACGAUCUUGGAUAUUAAUAUAUUUAUUUAUUUAUUCAUUCAUAUAUCUUAUACAAUCGCAAAGUGUAAUGUAAGGUGAAUAAAAUUAAAGAAGCUGUAGAGGAAAUUUUGAGAUGCUAGUCCCGAUUCGCGUGCGUUUGCAUUGAUUAACCUUGUAGGUUUCAGUUAUACGUGGCAAUGAAACUAUGAUGAAAACAAUUCGAAUAAAUGUACAAAAGUUAUAAUUUUUAGUAAUAAUAUUUUUUAUUAGGUUCAUUUCAAAAAAAUGAAAAUGUAAUGAUUGUAAAGGUAAUAUUAAUAAAUUGUAGACUAUUCAUAUUUUAUAUUAUGUUAUUUUUAAUUAUUUUUUCUCAAAAAAUUGGCUCUGUGUGAUUGUAGCAACUAAAUUCGCGAUUAUUUCGAAUUAAUGUUUGUAAUAUUUGAUAUUUUAUUAUAAUGGCGAUAAUUUUAACUUCUCCGGUAGGCCUACUGUUUCAGCAAAGUACGCAUUUCUCAGUUAGUGGACAGUACCUGUAUAAUAGUCAGUUUAUUGAUUGAAUAAAUCCAAUUUAUGGAUAUUGAUAAGUAUCGUAAUUUAGAUUCGUGAAGGUCAAACAAAAAAAAUAUCCUCCAUUAUCAUCGAAUGUUCAAAAUAACACACUAUAUGUGUUGUUGAAAAAAGUAUGUGGUGAGUUGGGUGGCAUUUAUGAAUGGGUCAUGAGUUGGGGUCGUUGUUUGCAAAGUAAGGUUUGGUUCCUUAUAGGGAGGAUCACUUUAAACAAUCAGCAUUUCUUGUAAAUAACAAUGCUGGCAGUUUAAAGUAGCUACGAGUUUUCAAAAUAGUUCUGACUGGUUGCUAGGCAACCAAAGCGUGCUUGGCUAAGAACGUCUAUGAUAAUCGUUAGUAAAUGUGACCCUGAUCUUAUCACAAAAAAUCACAGGAUAGAAUAGAAUCAAUCUGAUAUAUACAUAUUCCUACUUGAGUGCCAUAUAUUAUACAGUAGGUAGGCUACUUCUGAAAAGGCUAAUUCAGUAAUUGAUUUGGAAUUUUGGUUGCAUUACUCUUGAAAGAACAUCAAUUAGAUGAGCGGUUAACCAUUUUUAUAUAACCUUCAAAUUUCCAAGAGUUCUAGGGUAGUAUUAAAAAGAAGACUCCGCUAAAAGAAGAAAUGUUAAAUCUUGAAAAUAACUUGAUAAAAUAUAGUGUUGUGACGAAACAGUCAUUAAAAAAUCGAACAAAUAACAUUCAUAAAGAAUUAAAUUGAAUUAGGAAAUUGUCUUUCAGCUCCUGAAAAUUGACCAUGUUAAUAAAGAACAACAAUUAAAAGUAAAUUUUUACCAGUCCACUAGCUGAAGGAAACUAAAUCCUCACCUGAAUUUUCACUUCUCAGUAAAAUGCAAAAACUAUAAAAGGCGAGUAUCUCAACUAAUAUAGCGGUUUUAAAACAAAUUUUACUUAUAAAUGAUUGUAAUAAGAUAAUUUCUAUUCUAAAUUUAUAUUUCUAUAAUAAAAUUAUCUUCUAACUGUCAGCCUUCCUUUUAAUUAACAUCAAUACUUCUCAUUCUCACAAUGGUAGAGUGGACAUUGCUUGCCUCGCCAUCAAAUAAAGAAGUCUUUUUAUUCCUAUUCUAAUGCUGACAGUAUUUAUUUGUUUAAUUAGCCGUCUCCUUUGUAUAGAACGAAUAACGAAUUGAUCAUAGUAAGCAAGUAAACGUUUUGUAGUCAUACACAGAAAGUUGAAAAAGUACACAAAAAUACACCACACCAAACUAAAAGUUUCCCAAAAAGAAUAAUUCCUCGGCAGUGGAAUUCACUUCCAUUUGUCAGCAUUCUUUGCAAAGGGAAACAUCGAUGCCAUUUGUUAGGAAUGCUGCCACUUGAAAGUGAACUGCGCUGUAAUCAAGUACUGUAUUAUUAAUCGAUUUGUAAAAGUUCUUGUUCACACACAAUGUAUAUUAUCCGAUACAAAAAUGUAUCGGAAGUCGAAUUUAUAACUAUUUUCAGUAGAAAUUAUGGAUGGUUUCAUUCAUUUAUGUUUGUAAUACACUAAUAAAUAAUUUAUCAUUGACCUUUUGUAAACUCCCCUCGUAUAUUACUUACUUUUAAAAACUAGGUAUGUUCAUAUAUAAAUGAUGAUUUUAAAAUGUUUUUCUUUAGUAGCAUUACAAAAAUUAGUGUAUUGAAUGUGUAUUUUCCAAUGAUAUUAUUUCACUUGGGACCGUAUGCUCAAUAGCAUUUGAAACAUAUUUAGAGUUUAAACCAUCAACUGAUCCAAUUGUAACACAUCAUGAUGAUAUACACAUAGCGUAAUUUAAACAAUGGUUCAACUGCUAUUGAUUAAACGGGCCGCAGUCUUCUGUCCUAUGUUUGUCAGCUCGUAUACAUAUAUGGUUACCCUAAAUUUAAAAGGCUAUUCCAUGAUGUGAAUCUUAUCAGUAAUUUUAUUGUAUUCUGUUGUAAAGUAUGUGUUUAUUUGAUUGUGUAUUUUUAUAUUACAAAAACGUUUAUCCAGUAUGAUAUUAUAUAAUUGCUGCUAGCCCCUUUUGUAAGACUAUUUUAAGUUUUUGAAACUGUUGAACAUUAAAUUAUUUGAAAGCUAAA